CCUGGAUACACUUUCAGGGAACUAGUCCUCUUGUAUUUGUUGACGAACUGUGAAACCUAAUUUUUUUUUCUCUCAUUAUACGCACCAGCACUCCUCUUAUCCACAAAAAACGAAUGAAUGUGGCGGAAGUACAGAUGAUAACGUAGCAGGACAGGAAGGCGGGAGGGCGAAGAGUCAGCGCCACGUCACUGAUCCACGGGGAAGAGAUCAGACCGAGAGAUCAGCCAAAACAGCACCGGUGCUCCGUCUCUGCCUCCUCAAGCUUUAUUGGUUUCAUAAGACCACUGCCCCGCACAUAGCACCUGAAAAUGACGGCGUCAAACUGGGGCCUGAUCAUGAACGUGGUGAACAGCAUCGUUGGAGUCAGCGUGCUCACCAUGCCCUUCUGCUUCAAACAGUGUGGGAUCGUUCUGGGCACUCUGCUGCUCUUCUUCUGUUCAUGGAUGACCCACAAGUCCUGCAUGUUCCUGGUCCACACCGCCAGCAACACCAAGCGGAGGACUUACGCUGGACUGGCCUUCCAUGCUUAUGGGAAACCUGGAAAAACGCUCGUAGAGACGAGUAUGAUCGGUUUGAUGCUCGGGACUUGUAUCGCCUUCUAUGUUGUCAUUGCUGACUUGGGAUCAAAUUUCUUCGCUCAGCUGUUGGGUUUACAGGUGACGGGGAGUUUCCGUGUGCUCCUGCUGGUCGCCGUGUCGCUGCUGGUCGUCCUCCCACUCAGCCUGCAGAGGAACAUGAUGUCCUCCAUCCAGUCCUUCUCAGCCAUGGCUCUCAUGUUCUACACCCUGUUCAUGUUCACGAUGGUGCUGUCCUCGUUCAAACACGGGCUGCUCAGCGGCUGGUGGCUAGGGCAGGUCUAUAUGGUGCGCUGGGAGGGUGUUUUUCGCUGUAUCCCUAUCUGUGGGAUGGCCUUCGCCUGCCAGUCGCAGGUGCUGCCAACGUACGAUAGCCUGGACGAGCCGUCAGUCAAACGCAUGAGCACCAUCUUCACCUCCGCCCUCAACGUGGUCACCAUCUUCUACAUCACCGUGGGCUUCUUUGGCUACGUCAGCUUCACGGAGAACAUCGCCGGCAACGUGCUCAUGAACUUUCCAUCCAACCUGGUGACAGAAAUGAUCCGGGUGGGCUUCAUGAUGUCUGUGGCCGUUGGAUUCCCCAUGAUGAUCCUGCCCUGCCGUCAGGCCAUCAACACCAUGCUGUUUGAGCAGCAGCAGAAAGAUGGGACGUUUGCUGCCGGAGGUUACAUGCCCCCUCUGCGCUUCAAGAUGAUCACCCUCUGCAUUGUUUUUGGCACCAUGCUGGGAGGCAUUCUCAUUCCUAAUGUGGAAACUAUCCUGGGUCUGACCGGUGCCACCAUGGGCAGCCUCAUAUGCUUCAUAUGUCCCGCUCUCAUCUACAGGAAGAUUCAGAAGAAUGGCUUCAUUUCACAGCUGGUCCUCUGCGUUGGCCUGGGAAUCCUCCUGAUCAGCACCUUCACCACCCUCUCCGUCUCCAGCAGCAGCCCCGGCUACAAAGUCCCGGCUCCUCCUCCCCCGGCACCCAACAGGAACAUGGCGCCUCUACCAAACCUCCCCGACCCGCACGAUGAUGCUCAAGUCAAAAAACCAGUAGAAAUAGAGAAGCCCGUUCUUCCAGAAGGGAAUGUGGUGCGGCCAGCGGAAAGAGGUGACGAGCCCCCCCAGAUCGAAGGGCCCAUGGAGAGGAAGAAGGAGGAUGUGGUGCAGCUGGACCGCCCCGAUGCUGUUGUGCCGGAGGGGGAUGCCCACCGCCACGAACCACCCAUCCCUCAGGACGAAGUGAGGGUCAACUCCAGGAAGGACAAACCAGAGCUGGAAGAGAAGAAGCAAGCUGAAGAAGGGCUCAAAGCAGAUCCACAAAGGGAUGAGCUGGGAAAUGACGUCAGAAAAGAACGAAACGCCCAAGAGGCCGCUGGAAGGAAGGAAGAGGGGAAGGCGGGUGGACCGGUGGCGUCCAAUGAGGUGCUGGAGAAGCCGGUCAGAGAGGUGGACAAGCAGGACUCUGCUGCACUGAAGGAGGCGGAAAAACCUGCCAAAGAUGCGGCCAAUGACAAUGCAGCUGUAGCAGCCAAUCAGGCAGCAGGAGCACCAGUCAAAGAAGUUGCCAAACAACCAAAUGCUGCAGAAAAGGCUCCACCUGCUGAAGGAGAGCGUCACCCUGUGGCAGACGCUGGCGCAGCUGCAGACGGCGGUGCAGCCGCAGACAGCAAAGACACAGCAGACGAGAAGAUGGACGUGAUAAAAAAGCUGGUCGCAGAGGGCCAGCUGGACCACGCCGUGCUGCUGCAGGUCAUCAAGGAGCAGCAGGAGCAGCAGAAGAGACUUCUGGACCAGCAGGAGAAGCUGCUGGCCGUCAUAGAAGAGCAGCACAAGGAGAUCCACCAGAAGCAGCCGGGCGGAGCUCCAGAUGUUGAGGCAGAAAAGGGAGUCCAGGACGAAGGAGCGGGGAAAGCCAAAGAUCCCGGCGUGGGAUCAGACCUGAAGGCAGCAGCAGCUGGAGGACAAGAUGCUGCUGCUGCUGGGGAGCAAAGAGCGGCUCCAGCUGGGAACGCAGCAGGCGCUAAAGAAGCUGCUGCAGCUGCACCCGCUUACAAGGAGGACGACAAAGCUGCACCAGGAGGAGAGUCUCAGCAGCAGCAGAGCGAGCUGGGGGCCCGGGGGGUCCGGCUAGGGAAGAAGAUAUCCGCAAAGCCUCAGAAUGAUCAGGUUUCUCUGGUCAAAGACGAAGAAAGAAAACUCGAUAAGGAAAAAGAAGCAAUGGAAAACCUCAAAAAGGAAACACUGGACAAGGAAAAGCUGGAAGGAGACGGAAAUAAAAACUCUGCCGGUGAGAACGAGCUGGGGAAGGAAAAACUUCAGUGGGCGAUGAUAGAGAAGGAAGUCCAAGCACGGCUGGCCAACGAACUCCUGGAGAAGGAAAAACGGGAAAAACUGCAGUUAGAAAGAGAGAGAGCUGAAAGGGAGAGGAUAGAGAGAGAGAGAGCUGAAAAGGAGAGAAUAGAGAAAGAGAGAGCUGAAAAGGAGAGAAUAGAGAAAGAGAGAGCUGAAAAGGAGAGAAUAGAGAAAGAAGUGGAGGCGCGAGUGGAAAAGGAACGGCUGGAACGAGAGAAGAGAGAGCAGGAGCUCGCCGAGAAGGCCAAGCAAUCCGAGAGGCUCCGGGUCGACGAUGAGAUCAACAACAGAGCAAAGAGAGAGCAGGAGAAGAAGGAGACUCAGGAGAGGCUGGAGCAGCUGCAGCGGGUUCUAGAAGCCAGAAACGCCGAGCAAGACGAGAGCAAAGCUUUGAAAAAGGGAGGAAGAGACCUGAAAGAGAAAGCUUCCUCUGAGACCGGCCCCGGGGCCGACGCCGACCCCGGGGCCAAGGAGCAACUCCGGGACUCCCACAAGAUGGCCAGGGAUCAGGGAGAGACGGAUCUGAGGCGCAGGAAGAGAGCCCUGGGGCCCGGAGAGGCCGCAGGGCUCCCAGGAAGAUCCAGAGGGGUCCACGGCCUGGAGCCCCUCCUGGAGCUGGGGGGCCCAGACCUGCAUGCUGCCCUGGAGCAGCAGCUGCUGGCCGGGGGAGUGUUGCACUCCAGACAGAUUAAACAGGCCGCAGUGGACGAUGGAGCAGAAUGACACACACACACACACACAUUCCUCCUCUCCAGCUUUAGAGCACAAACCAGCAGGACCUCAGAAUUGCCUUCAUCAGCCUCUGAUCCACAGCCGACCUAAAGUCUGCGCUACAGUCUGUAAAUAUUAACUUAUUUUUGUCUCUUAUGAACAUUCUGGAAAGGUUGCUGUGUAAAUAGAAAUAUCUCUAUGCAAAAUCUAUCAUUUCUGAGCAGGAAUAUUCUGUAUUUAAUGUUAAUAUUUGUGUGGAUGGAAGCCGCCUCCACGUUUCACGCUGUCGUGUUUUUGUCCUGUUGAACCCGGUUAAGGCUCUCCUGUGUGCAUCGCAGCCUGAUGAACGGCGCAUCAGCUGCCCGUAACUCUUCCUUGGUGCCUUCCCUUCAAUAUGCUGCAGAACAGACUAAAUGUGCAUUUUGUUUUCCCACACUUUUUUCUCUUUUCUCCCUUUACCUUCAUUUUUCUGCACAAUAAGAAUAUAAUGAAGGCGAUGAGACGUGCGGUUGGAAAUCUUGUCUGUAUUUUCUGGUUUCUCCUGUGAAGAUCAAGGUCAUUUCUACAAGCAGAUUUUUCUAUGUGUAAUAUUUUGCUCAUAAAAAGAUUCAAUAAAAGACAUUCAACAUUA